AUGGUGUAUCAAUACCGUGAUCCGGUCUCACAGCUAGCUAUUGUACCGUUAGAGACUCUAGACCGAAAUGCUCGCACCGCCUUUCAGUCGUUACUGUCGCUGAUCCCAUCAGAUCCCGUAGUUCCAGUCAUUCUCUACUACUCACGUGUAGAGCGAUGUACACGGCGCGGUAGAAAAGUAUUACGCUAUCUUCUUAUCUCUCGCACGCAUUGGUAUAUAUAUAAAACCACCGGUGAACUGACCCGUUGUAGUAGAAUUGAUCAUAUCAGUAAAGUCAUCCUUUGCCGGGAUGGAUAUAUGUUGUGGAAAAUGCAACAGGAACGUGAUGUUGUGAUGCGUCUUGAGAAUAAUAGUGAGGUGGAUUUUGUUAUAAAUAUACUCUGCGUUCUCAAACCCUCCAACACAGGCGGUACGUUUCUUAUGGAGAAGAAGAGUGAUGAACAUUAUACAAAGUUACGUGUUCCAGAUAGGGCUCAACUCGAGCGAACAACAAAUGAUGAUAACGUUGAGUGGCCACUUCCUCUUAUAUCUCGUGAGGAAGCUCAACAACCGUGUUCUCUAGAGGACAUGAUGUUGUUAAUGCCACCACCACCACCAAUAAUAGCAUCUGUGGAACCUACCAAUGAAAAGAACAAGAAUGACAUGUUGUCUGAGCUUGGUACCUUGCAGAGGACACGUAUUGAUACUAUUCUGGCAUAUUUGAAUGGGGAAUUACAGAGUUUACCUACCCAAGUGGAACCUGUUAUUACUACGAUUACUAAUACUAAAACUACUGCCGUUAAUAAUAAUAAUAAUAAUAAUAAUAAUAAUAAUAAUAAUAAUAGUAAUAAUAAUAAUAAUUCUAUUCAUCCAAUCAAUAUUGAUAAUAUUAGUCAUAUCAGUCUUACUGCUGCUUCUAAGAAUGGUGGUGAUAACACAGGUCCAUUCCCAUCGGUUGAGCAAACACGUGUGCCUGACAAUAAAGAGAAUGACAACACAAGUGUGGCAUCAACCUCAACCUCAACAAUACGCCACAUACGUGAAGUGCAAGCCCCAUCAACUCCCUCUCUUGCUGCUGCUGCUGCUGCUGAUGAUGAUGAUGAUGAUUCCUACACAUCCCAGAACUCACCUUUACCCCGUGCUGUCCCAACUCCAGGAAUGAUGGCUCCCACAUCUCGUCCAUUCCCUCCUCCUCCUCCAGCAGCUGCACUUCUCAUGUCAGCAGUAGUAGGCAGUGAAGGGAACAGCACCGCAACAGAGAUACGAUCCUUACUGCGAGAACUGCGUGAGAUGGAAAACCGUAUGGCUUCAUUGGAAAGACUCAGUCAGCCACAACCGCGCCUCCAUACACAUUUCCACACAGCGUCUAGUCCUCAACAGGAAUCACUUGAUGGAAAGACAGAAUCUCUCAGUUCUCCACGUUCGUUGCCUCCAAAUCCAUUUCUACGCUCGGCUGCCCCACCCUCACGUAUUUCAUCCCAGCAGGAGGUGAGUACUGAUAUGAGUACAGAUAUGAGUCCUGUCAGUUUUGAGCGUCUUAUCGCGAAUAAGAGUUGUGAAGAACGACUGCUGUUACGUAACUGUGAAAUUGAAAGAAAACUUGCUCAAGUCUCAGAGUACAGAAAAGGAAAUGAUACACGCAAACUGCUACAUGUAGCCCGUUUGCAGGAAGGUCUGCUGCUGCUCAUACGAGCUCAAGAAGAAGAUGAGCAGAAACGACAGCAAGAGGAGAAAAAAAAGAAGAUAGAAAUGGGUGGGGAAAUAAAUAGUAUUCAAACGUCAACAAGAAAUGGAAUAAAGUCAUCAGGACUUGUAAUGUCAACAUCAAUAGAUUCUGAAGUGGAUGAUGAAGAGAAUGACGAUGAGGAGGGGGAGGACACUCUCAAUGAUACUACAAUAAAGUGGAAACAAUGGUGCGAAGAUCAUUUGGGUGAACAUUUAACUGCAUGUAAAGAAAAAAUGGUGCAGGAUAUUUUUUCUGGGCAAAAGCCCUCAUUUUCAUGA